AUGGCAAAGCAGAAGGCUAUUGCCAUCAUCUACGGUGACUGGGAUGAGUCAUACAACGACAUCCCUAGGUGGGUGUUGGGUGUCCAGCUGACGAUGCCUGGAAGUGUUGCGGUCCUCAGGACGAGCCCGGUUCUAGUUGGAGGACAGGUGGACGAGUCUCAAGCGUAUUUCCACAGACUUUUCUGGACUUUCCCUCCGUGCAUCGAGGCAUUCCGUCAUUGCAAGCCGCUAGUCAGCAUUGAUGGCACACAUCUGUAUGGGAAAGUCCUGGAGAUUCUUUCUCUCGCACCUUCGAGAGCACGUGACCCGCAGCCCGGUCUGCUGGUUAUAUCGGACAGGCACAACGGCAUCAAGGCUACGCUUGAGGCCCCUGACGGAGGUUGGUUACCGCCAUCGGCGUACCGUGCAUUCUGCAUACGACACGUAGCGGCUAAUUUUGCCCUUACCUUCAAGGGCAAAGACGCUAGGAGGCUACUAGUCAAUGCGGCGUAUGCGAAGACUGAGGUUGAAUUUGAUUACUGGUUUGAUAUUCUUCAGUCUGAAGACCCAGCGAUGUGUGACUGGGCGAACCGGAUUGACUACUCCUUGUGGACUCAACAUCGUGAUGAGGGUCAGAGAUUCGGUCACAUGACGACGAACAUCUCCAAGUGUGUGAAUUCAAUCCUCAAGGGGGUCAGAAAUCUCCCUGUAGUAUCCCUGGUAAAGGCAACAUAUUGUAGGCUUGCGGAACUCUUUGUUCGGAAGGGGAGAGAGGCUGAGGCGCAGAUGGGAACCGGACAACAAUUCAAGACCACUCCGACUGGUUCUUUCUCCUUGGGUACCUACAGAGUAUCGCUUGCAUCGCGGACAUGUGACUGCGGGUACUUCCAGGCGCUUCAUUUCCCGGGUAAGCACGCACUUGCAUGCUGUGCCUACUCACGGCUCACCUGGACCUCUUACGUUCACAGCGUCUAUCAGAUUAGCUCGGUGUUCAGUGUGUAUCGGAUGGGAUUCACACCUCCGAUCCCAGAGGGCUUCUGGCCACCUUACGACGGGCCCACGGUGAUUCCGGACCCUGACAGGAGGCGUGCGAGAGAGGUUCGUCCUAGAUCCACAAGGAUACGGACGAAUAUGGACGAGGCAGAUCCGAAUCGGCCAAAGAGGUACGGCCUAUGUCGCCAACCCGGACACACACGACGUUGUUGCCCACAGGUUGGAGGAUCGUCUCAGGCAGGACGCCAUUAG